AUGGCCGACCACAUCCGCAAGACUUUCCAACAAUGCAAGAAGGAGAAGAGGUCCGCUCUUGUCACCUAUGUGACUGCUGGUUACCCCACGCCGCAGGAGACUCCUGAUGUCCUGCUGGCUAUGGAGGCUGGUGGUGCUGAUGUGAUUGAACUCGGCAUGCCCUUCACCGACCCUAUCGCCGAUGGCCCUACUAUCCAGAAGGCCAACACCGUUGCUCUUAAGCAUGGAGUCAAUACCACGCAGGUUCUCCAGAUGGUCCGGGAUGCUAGGGCUCGCGGUCUGCGUGCCCCCGUCAUGCUCAUGGGCUACUACAACCCGCUUCUCAGCUAUGGCGAGGAGAGGAUGCUUCAGGAUGCGAAGGAGGCUGGCGUGAACGGCUUCAUCAUUGUUGAUCUUCCCCCCGAGGAAGCCGUUCGCUUCCGCAACUUCUGCUCCAGCUACGGCCUCUCCUACAUUCCUCUCAUCGCUCCCGCCACCUCGGACGCCCGCAUGCGCGUGCUGUGCAAGAUCGCCGAUUCUUUCAUCUAUGUCGUCUCUCGCAUGGGCGUCACUGGCGCUACGGGCACCUUGAACGCUGCUCUCCCCGAACUCCUGGCCCGCGUCCACAAAUACUCUGGAAACGUUCCUGCCGCCGUCGGUUUUGGCGUCAGCACAAGGGAUCACUUCGAGAGCGUCGGAAAGCUCUCCGAGGGUGUUGUCAUUGGUUCCCAAAUCGUCAACGUCCUGGCCGCUGCUGCUCCCGGAGAGGGCGCAAAGAAGGUCCAAGAAUACUGCAGCUCUAUCACCGGUCGCUCGCCCGGUCAGAAUGGCACUACUCGUGAGGUUGGCAUUGUUGAGGCUCUUGGUGAGGCAAGGGAGCCGGAAGGUGUCCAGGUCGACAAGGUUAUCAAGGACAGUGAUGUCCCUGACGGACCUGGUCUUGCUGACCAGAUCGAGGCUCUCAACGUCGAGGCUGCCUCGAACCCCGAUGCACUGCCGGCAAGAUUCGGCGAAUUCGGUGGCCAGUACGUACCCGAAUCGCUCAUGGAUUGCCUUUCGGAAUUGGAGAGGGGCUUCAACCAGGCAAAGAACGACCCGAAGUUCUGGGAAGAAUAUAGGUCCUACUACGACUACAUGGGCCGUCCAGGCCACCUCCAUUUGGCCGAGCGCUUGACCGAACAUGCUGGAGGCGCCAACAUCUGGCUAAAGCGAGAGGAUCUCAAUCAUACCGGAAGCCACAAGAUCAACAACGCACUCGGCCAGAUCCUGGUAGCCCGCAGACUGGGUAAGACUGAGAUUAUUGCUGAGACUGGUGCCGGCCAGCACGGUGUUGCCACCGCGACUGUCUGCGCCAAGUUUGGCAUGAAGUGUACCAUCUACAUGGGAGCCGAGGAUGUCAGGCGUCAAGCCCUGAAUGUCUUCCGUAUCAAGCUCCUUGGUGCUUCGGUUGUUGCCGUUGAGGCCGGUUCGAGAACUCUUCGGGAUGCCGUCAACGAAGCUCUGCGCGCCUGGGUGGUCAACCUCUCUUCCACGCAUUACAUCAUUGGCUCUGCCAUUGGUCCUCACCCCUUCCCUACCAUCGUCCGUACGUUCCAGUCUGUGAUCGGCAACGAGACUAAGGAACAGAUGCUUGAGAAGCGCGGUAAGCUCCCCGAUGCGGUUGUUGCCUGUGUCGGUGGUGGCAGCAAUGCCGUCGGCAUGUUCUACCCCUUCGCCAACGACCCCAGUGUUAAGCUUUUGGGUGUUGAGGCUGGCGGAGAUGGUGUGGAUACUGCGAGGCACAGUGCCACCCUGACCGGUGGUACGAAGGGUGUCCUGCAUGGUGUCCGCACGUACAUUCUGCAGGAUGAGCACGGUCAGAUCAACGAAACUCACUCCGUGUCCGCGGGUCUCGACUACCCUGGUGUUGGACCCGAGCUUUCGUCUUGGAAGGACUCCGAGAGAGCCAAGUUCAUCGCGGCUACGGAUGCCGAGGCCUUCAUUGGCUUCCGCCUCAUUUCGCAGCUCGAGGGUAUCAUCCCUGCUUUGGAGAGCGCACACGCUAUCUACGGAGCCAUCGAGCUGGCCAAGACUAUGGAGAAGGACCAGGAUAUCGUUAUCUGCCUUAGCGGCCGUGGCGACAAGGACGUUCAGAGCGUCGCCGAGGAGCUGCCCAAGCUCGGCCCCCAGAUUGGCUGGGAUUUGAGAUUCUAA